AUGCGAAUACCACUUUGUUCUGCGGCUGUAUGCCGUCAAUUGAAUCGAAAUGCAUCGUUGCGGAUACACAGGCCAUCACUGUCGCCGUGGCCGUGGCCGUGGCUGCACACGGUGAGAUAUAAUUCCUCUGGAACAUUGCCAAAGGAAAUCAAGAUAGAAGGAAAGAGCUAUCAGACCGAUGAAUGGAUGAACACGCCUUCAUCCAUCCUUUCCGCCAUCCCUCGACGUCUGCAUCUUCAGCCAGAUCAUCCCCUAACCAUAACCCGCAAACUCAUCGAGUCACGAUUCCCAGGAUACAAGACUCACAAUGACCUUUUUCCCAUCGUUACCACUGGGCAAAACUUUGACUCCCUGGGCUUUCCACUGGACCACAUUGGACGCAGCCGAACGGACACGUAUUACUUGAAUAAAGAGACUGUGUUACGAACCCAUACUUCAGCGCACCAGGCUGACACUUUCCGGAAUAACGAAACCGAAGGGUAUUUGAUCAGCGCUGAUGUGUACCGACGAGAUGCUAUCGACCGAAGUCACUAUCCGAUCUUCCACCAAAUGGAAGGAGCUCGAACAUGGGAUAGGCAACAAGCAGAGAAGGAGGGAAAGACGCUUGCACAAGUCAUAUGGGACGACGUGGCCAGGAUCCCAAAACACGAUGUUGCAGUCGAAGAUCCCAACCCGACUUUCCAUGCCGAACGCAACCCGCUCCAGGCGACACAUUCACCGGAAGAAGUUGAGGCCAUAGCUGCUCAUCUGAAACGAAGCCUCGAAGAUAUGGUCGUCACCAUCUUCAAUGCCGCCAAAGGCGCUACAGACACGGGUCCGGCAUCCGAUAACGAGCCUCUCAAAGUAAGAUGGGUAGAAGCAUACUUUCCCUUUACAUCACCAAGCUGGGAAGUCGAAGUCUUCUGGCAAGGGGACUGGCUUGAGGUUCUCGGGUGUGGAAUUGUCUCUCAGCCCAUCUUAAACAACGCCUCCGUUCCGAACCGAGUGGGCUGGGCCUUUGGCAUUGGACUCGAGCGCAUCGCCAUGCUCCUCUACUCCAUCCCGGACAUCCGCCUAUUUUGGUCCAAGGACACGAGGUUCCUUUCUCAAUUUAGCGAGCAGAAACCGAUCCGCCGUUUCGUACCCUUCAGCAAGUACCCAGCGUGCUUCAAGGACGUGAGUUUCUGGCUGCGCUCCAGCUCUAGUGCUGCUGGUGGCGCUGCUCCAAUUCACCCACCGGCAACACCUGCCGCACCCACAAAACAAUCGCCCACCUCAACCCAAACUCAAUGUCCAGAUGCUCCACUUGAUCAUGCAAGUGUCGCUGCAAACUCGGCAUCGCUACCACCCUCUACUGCAGCCAUGCCGGAAGCGGCAGGUCCCGCAGCCAACACUUCACCAAUUCCACCAGCCGCCCCUGCGCCCAUCCCCCCUUCAUCGUCCUCUUUCCACGAAAACGACGUGAUGGAAAUUGCGCGCGAGGUCUGUGGCGAUCUUGUCGAGGAUGUGCGUCUUACGGAUGAAUUCGUGCAUCCCAAAACCGGGCGCAGGAGCAUGUGUUAUCGCAUCAAUUACCGCAGUCUGGAGCGAACUCUUACGAAUGAGGAGACGAACCAGCUGCAUGAGCAGUUGCGGGCGCUCCUGGUUGAAAGGCUGGGCGUUGAGCUACGAUAG